UGCACUGCGCUGUUGCGAUUCUUUUCCUCUUGUUUUCUUGCUUUGUUGUUUCAAUCUUUCAUUGUCUUCUUUUUUCUGUUGCAUAUCACCUCGCGUUGGUCUGCCCCUGAAAGCAGAAGCCGGCGCCUUUGCAUCGACAACCUGGACUGAGAAGCUUCCCCCCCAAUUUGAUCCCUCACGAUGCGAUUCUCCCCGGCGCUGGCAGCCCUGCUAGGCGCCACUCUCGCCGAAGCUCAGUUCCUCAUCAGCGAGCUCAGCUUUGGUUACGCAGGGCGAAUAAGCCCUGCGGACAAUCCCGGCCACAUCCCCAACUUUGUCGUCUCUGGCCAGCCCAGCAUACCAGAGAUCCUGUCCAGCAAGGUCAUCCUGACACCCGUUGCGCCGGGCAAUGCGCGGGGCGCCAUCUGGAGCGAGCAGCCGCUGCGGCACUCCAACUGGAUCGUCGACGUCGACUUUCGCGCCAGCGGCCCCGAGAGGGCGGGCGGCAACCUCAACAUCUGGCUGGCGCGCGACGGCAAGAACCUGGGCACUAAGAGCGUCUACAAUGCCGGCAGGUUCGAGGGCCUGGUGCUGGUCAUUGACUCGCACGGCGGCCAGGGCGGCAUGCUGCGCGGCUUCCUCAACGACGGCUCGACGGACUACUCACAGCACCACAACGUCGACAAGCUGGCCUUUGGCCACUGCCAGUACAGCUACCGCAACCUGGGCCGGCCGUCGCAGGUCAAGAUGCGCCAGACAGCCAACAGCUUCCGCGUCCAGAUCGACGGCAAGACGUGCUUCGAGACCAGCCGGGUCAGUCUGCCGGCGGGCUACCAUGUGGGCAUCAGUGCCUCGACGCCCGACAGCCCGGAUUCGUUUGAGAUCUUCAAAAUGGUUGUCAUGUCGGACAAGUCCAGCCACGAUGUUGACGCCGGAACGAACAAUAACAACAACGAGAACAAGGAGAGCAAGGACAGCGGUAACGACGCCAACGGCAACGCCGGCGGCAGCCAGUUCGCCUACACCUCGCGUCAGCAGCAACAGCCUGGCAGCAACAAGAACCAGCGCUCCGACGACGGUUGGGAGGAGAUUGCCGACGAGAACGCCGACAUCUUCCAGACGUCCAAGGCGCAAUUUCAGGACCUGCACAACCGCCUCCAGGGGACCAACCACCAGCUCGCGUCCGUCUACCGCUCCGUCUCGCGCCACCACCAAAUGGACGAGCAGCGCCACGCCGAGGUCAAGGAGCUCUUCGCGUCGCUGCAGUCGAAGCUGGCCCUGCUUGACCAGCUAGCCGCCUUCCAGCAGCGCAUCGUCGCGCUCGAGAAUGAGGUGCGCAACAUGAACUCGGAGCUGCACCAAAAGAUUGCCGCCAACGAGAGGGCCGUGCACGGCGCCCUGCGGACGCACCACAUGUCGCUCACACAGAGGGUCACCGAGAGCAUGCCGGGCCAUGGCCGGCUAAUUGCUGUCAUUGUCGGCACACAGGUUGUCUUGGUGGCGGCGUACGUCCUCUACAAGCGGAAGAAGGCAAAUUCGCCAAAGAAGUAUCUGUGA